ACACACACACACACACACACACACACAUACUCAUAGAUAUAUAUACAAUAUACACACAUACAAUACAUAUAUAUUUACACACAUUUGAUCAUAGUUUUUUUCUUGUUGAAGAGAAGUGAGAGAAGAAUGGGGGCAUUUGAUUAUAUCUUUAGCUUUUGUUCAUAUACAUACGCCAAUGCCAAAACCAAGCGUAAGCCAUUGCAGACAGUGGAUAUCAAGGUGAAAAUGGACUGUGAUGGUUGUGAAAGAAGAGUUAGAAACGUGGUUCGUCGCAUGAAAGGAGUGAAAUCGGUGGAGGUGAACCGGAAACAGAGCCGAAUAACAGUGAAUGGACACGUAGACCCAAACAAGGUGUUGAAGAGAGUGAAGAGCACAGGUAAAAAGGCUGAGUUCUGGCCGUAUAUACCACAACAUAUGGUCUACUACCCUUUUGCUCCUGGCAUGUACGACAAACGUGCCCCUGCAGGCCACAUUCGUAAUCCCACACAAUCGUUUCCGACCGCAAACGCUCCCGAGGAAAAUUACGUUUCCCUCUUCAGCGAUGACAACGUACACGCCGCUUGUUCCAUCAUGUGAGAGAACGUAUUCACAAUCUCUAAAUAUACUUCCUCUUUGCUAUUUGUAUACCUUUGUUACUUUUUAUCCUCAUAACAAAUCAAAAGGUAAUGUAGAAGAAACUUUGUAAUAAAUUAUAGAGACAACACUUAACGGAAUCCAUUUAAAUUUCGAACAA